AUGACAGACUAUUACGCCUACGUCGAUGGCGCAAUCACGAACGAAGGCAUGCCAGCAUCGAUGUAUGCGAUGGAAGGAGGGGCGAAGGAUGCAGGAUCAGUCUACGCCGACGCCGACUACGCUGUUGAUGCCUACGGGCCUCGAUUCAACGAUCUGCAAGAGAAGAUGCUGAAAAUGAAAAUCACAAACAAUGCGGCUGGCUACUACAGUGGCAGCCAAGCAGGCGACACCACGAACGUCGAGGCCUCUUCCUCUUUCUACUACAUGGCCAACGACGACGAGGGAAACAUCAAUCAAAAAGAUGGAAAAGCUGAGAUGAAACAUUACUAUGCGACCAAGGAUGGCUAUGCGGCCUCUUCGCCCUACGACUCUGCAACGUUCGAAGGUGGAGGCGAUGCCGGCGACAUCUACACCUACGCCGAGGGCAAGGCCGACGUCAAGGCCGCCGCCGUGGCCAGCAGCAGCAGCGCAACUGCGAUGAAGCGGGUCAUGAAGGCCUCGGACGACUCCAUGUACGUGGUCGUCGGAAACGGAGGAGGAGGAGGAGGAGCAGGGUCGCAUGCGAGCGAGGGCGACUACUACGAGAUUGUAGGCAAGUACGCCCCAACGAGAGAACGGGACGAGCGAGUGGCCACCAACAAGGCCGCGGCGGCCAAGAAGCUGGAGACCAAGGCCAAGGCAGAGCUGUCGGACGAGGACGACGCUGACAGCGACAGCGGCGCCGGGAGCGACGACGGGGAGAGCGAUGAGGGAGACGACUUCAUGGACGAGGACCACGAGGACGGCAGCCGAGGAGCACCCACGCAGGCGGGGAUGGGCAGGGUGGGCGGCGAGUUCUGGGCCAAGUACUACUGGAACGAGAAGUUUCAGACCGUGCUCGAACGGCCGACCACCACGCCCGAGGAGGCCAAACAGCGAAGCAGCGACAUUCACGGUCUUGCCCGAUUCUUAACGGUGUCGCACAGAUUCGUGGAUGAGGCGGUGCCGGUGGUGAAGCAGAUUGUGUCCGAGAUUCUGCUGCCCGACGAGGACAAGGCGAUCAAGCCCGUCAACGUCGGCGGCGUGGCUGGUGGAGACAAAUAUAUGACAAAGCAGCUGUUUAUCAAAUUCGCCAAGGACGACACAACGUACCACCUCUACGGUGGCGAUGACUUUGCACAGAAGGCGGCCGGGCACGAGCUGAAGUCGCUCAAUUCGCUCAUCUCGUGCAACGUCCGAUCUCUUCACUUCCCGCUCAUGGCCCUGGCGAACUACCUCGGCUACCGCGUAAUCGUUAUUUCCAAGCUCCCGAUCGGAAGCGCGACGCUCAAAUACGGUAGCGCGGAUGGUGGCUUCACUAUCGCUUCGGACAAAGGGUUCUCCAAGAAGAUGAAACAAAUCGCCAACGUGCUGAAUUUGAAAGGCCACUAUGUGAAGGAGCGGAAGACGGGGACGUUGAAACUGAUGUACGGCCCUGUAGAUAUUGAAGGCCACAUCGGUCUCGAUGGUCGCUACUACUGCGUCGACACAGCUCGCCUCUUUCCGCCGGUGACGCCCAAUCUGGCGGUGCGCGGCUGCCACUUGUUCCGGCUGCUGCGAUCGGAGGCGGUGAAGAAGAGCCCGCACCCGCUCUCGUCGGACGCCUUCACCGGCUGGGGCGCGCACAACAAGAAGAAGAACAACUGCGAGGUGAUCGCCGCCACGAAGCACAUGCUCCACGAGACCAUUCCGUUUCUCGUCAACGGCGACAUCCUGCGCGCGCUCGAGAAGAGGCUGGCCAUCGAGGGGCUCAACAAGAUCCCCGAGAUCGACAUCAAGAGCCUCCUUCACGAGCAGGGCGUCAACAUGAGGUAUGCGGGUAUGCUGGCGCACUACGCGUCGGGGCAGCUGCCUGGUGUGCGCAACCUCCUGUGGGCGCAGAUGAUCGGGCGAGCGUUUGCUGCGAUAGUGCAUAACAGCAUGCGCUCCCUGCCCGCUCCUCGGCCGCGUGAGGACUACUACGGCCUGGCGAUCAACUACCUCAACCUCCUCCUCGGCUGUGGCGCACAGAGCGAGGCGUUCUGGAACGACGAAGUGAUGGUCGCGCUCAAGCGUCGCUUCGUUUUCCACGAGCAGGACACGGAGAGCCUCGGACCGAAUCUCCGCACGCGCGUUCUUCAACUGCGCGAGGAUGCAGAAGGCACAACAGAGGAGUCUUCGAUCGAGGCGAGCGUGCAGAAGUGGAACAUCCUUCAGGUGGUGCUCUCCCUCACGGCCAUCAAGCUCAGGCCCGACACGACGGAGCGCCUCGCGCAGGGGAACGACGAAACGUUCGCCAGCGCGGCGUUCACCGUCAAGACGCCCCUGGCUCUCGACGAGUUGGAGUCGAUCGGCAUACGAUGGAAGAUCAUGGGCCUGCUGGACCUCGCCGAAAGAAAGGGGGCAGAGGGCGACUUCAAAGAAGCGGAGAACUACUACAAGGCGUACUACGAUCCUGUAAUACAGGAGGAGCUGCGAAUCAAGCGGGCAGCGUUGGGCAACGUGCAUCCGCUGCUGGCUAUGCCAUUGGCCUCGCUGGCCCAUCUCUACGCCACCGCCAACAAACAGAAGAAAGCCGAGCAGGCCUACCUCAAAGCGUUGACUUUGCUGAAGAAGACGCUGGGCUCGGAUCACGUGGAGGUGGCCAGCAUACUUGACAACUUGGCCUCGCUCUACAUCAGAUAUGACCAAGUGGAAAAGGCCGAAGUCGCGCUCGUCGAGGCCCUGCGCAUCAAGCGCCAAGGACUGAAGAAGGAGGGCGCCGAAGAGAACGACGACUCUGACGUCGCAACCACCUUGGAGGCGCUUGCGCUGGCCUACACCAAGCAAGGCAAACUGGAGGAGGCCGAAGACGUGUAUGAGCAGGUGAUGCGUAUCAAGGAGGCUGAGUACGGACCGCGUCACUGGGAGGUGGCGCGCACCCUUCACCAUCGCUGCCUGCUGCUGCUCUCCAAAGGACCCGAGUUCUUCCCGACUGCCCUCCCGCUCGCCGAUUCCCUCGUCGAGAUGGUGCAAGAAGCACGAGGCGCCGAGCACUCCGACGUCGGCAUAGCCCUAGACACCCUGGGUCAAGUCUACGUGGGGCUGGGACGGCAUAGCGAAGCCGAGACCGUGUUCAAAAACUCGCUCCGGAUCAAGGCCGCCGCUGUUGGCCCGCGCCACUCCUCCGUCGCCGCUACGCUGGAUCACCUGGCCUACGCCUUGGCCCCGAACGAGCCCUUGCUGCCGGCCGCCCAGCUGGAGAAGGCCGUCGAGUGCGCGCAGAAGGCAAUGGAGCUGUUCGUCCAGAUCUAUGGCGAGAAUCACAGCCAUGUGGGCCUCGUGAAGAACAACCUGGGCGUGCUCUACGUGCUGGGCGGUCACUUGACCGCGGCGCGCGGCCUGUUCCAGUCGUCUCUCGCCAUCCUCCAUAAAUCGCACGCGGCCUCGCACCCGCUGCUCGUCUCUGUGCGGGCCAACCUGGAGCAGGUCGAGGCCCACCUCGUCGACGACGCCGCAACCGGCCCUGGCACCAUCGACGUGCGUCAGCUCAAGCGGUACUUCCACGGCCAGCACUUCUACUACUCGCCCUUUGGCGACACCAAGCGCGAGGAGAAGAUGCAGAAGGCGGAGGAGGCCCAGGCCCAGCAGGAGCAGGGCGACAAGAAGAAGCCGAUCCCGCCCGAGUGGCAGAAGCUCUUCGCGCAGGCCAACAUCGACGUGGCGGCGCUGUCCUACGAGAAGGCCCAGGCUCUCAUCGCCGCCCUCAAGAAGAAGCUCACCGACCCGUCGCCCGUCGGCGGUGCAGCCAAGCAGGACACCGAUCGGUCGCGGCUCACCCAGAGCGCGCUCGUCCCGCAUUCGACCGGCGACAGCGAUCAGGGCCGCGCCGACCUUCUCCGCAGCCAGCCAGCUCGGAUGCGCUUAGCUCCGAUCAAGCCCAUAGCUCCGAUUGCGCCCAUAGCUCCGAUUACGUGCGCGCCGGCCGACCCGAGCGCCUACUAUGCGAGCGCCGACCACGACGAUGACGACCCGUACGGUUACGCUGGCGGGCCGCCUCCUACGCCCAUCGCGCCACCCGCACAGCCCACGGGCACCGCAUAUUACGCCGACUCCGACGACUUUUAUGGCGCCGACAUCGACGGCGGCGUACCUCUGGGCGACGCCAUGCACGAGGGCUAUGCCGGAGCUGCGGUCGAUGCCAACAUGGCGGCCAGCGUCUACGCCUACGCCGAGGGUGCGCCGGUGUCGAGCGACGACGCUGCUGCUGCCACGAGCCAGUCGCUGUCCUUGGUCAUGUCGGCCAGGCGCACCGCGGCGGCGACAGCGAGCGGCUCCGACGACGAUGACGAAGGCUGGGCCGACGAGCCGUUCCAGCCGAUGAUACUCCUGGAGCAAGCGAGUUUGAUAACUGGCGGCGGCGGCGGCGAACAACAGCCCGACGACCCGACGGCGAUGGCAGCGAUGGAGCUCGAAGAAGAGAACGCCAUCCGGCACGCACUCGCGCUGGAGAAAGAGCCCAGCGCGGAGGAGUUGGCAUCGCGCCAGCGACUGGAGGAGGUCACCAGAAAUCUGGCGGGGGUGCGCGAGAUCGCCGGCCAGGUGGUCGAAGACAUGGUGAACAGAGCGGAUUCGCUGGCGAACAUCGAAGCACGGACAGAGGAGCUCACGCUGCAGGCGGAGCGCUUCAGGCGGGGCAGCAAGGAACUCCACCAGAGGCCGUCCCUGUUGAGCCGCCUCCCGUCGAUAUCCUCCGUGUUCUCCCGGUUCCUUGGCACCACCAGACAGGCCAGCGAAUCGAGAUAUCACCACGCGCAGCACGAUGAGUACGACAUGCUGUCGGGAGCGACGCUGCAGGAUAAAGCGUUCCCUGAGGCCGAAUUCGCCGACGACGAUGCGGGGUCGUCGGCGAGCACCCCAUACUCCACCUCGAGCUACGCAACCAAUUUCGCGGAUGACUACGUCGCCAAGAACGAGAUGGUGCUCGAGGACGAGAAGGAGAAGGAGAAGGAGGUUGAGGAAAUGGGAGAAAAGAAGGAAAAGAAAAGGAAGCAGACGAAGAAGAAGGAGAAGAAGGAGAAGAAAAAGGAGGAGAUGAAGGAUCAAGAUGAAGAGGAGCAGGAUGAGGAAGAGGAGGCGAAGGAGGAGGAAGAAGCAUCAAGCGAGGGUGAGGGCGAGGGCGAGAGCGAGAGCGACGAGGACUGGGUCCCGCCGAGCAAGCGCAAGGGCUCGAUCGCCCCGAAGGUGGAGGAGAAGAGGAAGAGGACCAAGACCGACACGAAGAGGAAGAAGACACUCAAGAAGAAAGUGCAGGACAAGGCAAAGGACAGGAAAAUGGUGGAGAAGGACCACGCUACGGAUGCCAAGCGCGACAAGGCCGCCCCCUCUGGCGGGAGUCGCGGUGGAAGCCGAGGCGGAAUGCGACGCGCGGCUACCGCGACCGCGCCAUUUGCGAGAGGCUCGAGCUUGGCCUCUUCGGUGUCGGCAACCUCGGCAACCGCGACCACGCCCUCAUCGUCAUCGUCGUCGUCGCAGGCGUUCUCGUCUUCUCUAUCGUCGUCGUCGUCGGCGGCGGCGGCGACAGCGGCGGCGAGCGUGAAGAGCGAGAAGGCCGGGCACUCGCCGCGACAACACACGUUCAGCACCGCCAGCACUGCGGCACCCACGACCACCAGCAGCAGCUUCAGCACCAGCCCCGUCGGCACCUUCGGUUUGCAGCCUGCACGGCCGGCCGCGGCCGCGGCCACGACACCGCCUCCCAUGGGAGCCGCAGCGCCUCGCGCCAGUCAGGUCAUGGCCGCUCGCGCCCUGUUCGAAGCGCCACCCGCGCAAUCUCCUCAAUUCAACGUCGCGGGCAGCCCGCACCGUGGGCCUCCGGCACCGGGUGGUGGUGGUCUGCCUCCACGACCCCUGCCCCAGCUGCACUCCUUUGGUUACGGCGCACCACCGCCGCGAGCGGAUGGUGGUGCGGCUCCUGCCGCGGCCCCUUCGCCGUACGCGCUGACGUCAGCACCGUACCCGCAUGGGCCGGCCGACCCAGCGCUGAGUCUCCAGCAGCCGCAGCAGCAGACACAGGCCUACCAAGUCCCGCCCGCACCUGGGGGCGCGCCGCCGCCCUCUCGGCCGAUGACACCGCUGGCCAGGCGCAAGUCAAGUGAAAGGAGUCUGUCAUUACCGGCACCGGCACCGGCACCAGACCCAGCAUCGGUACGGUCGUCCUACGCAGCGCCGCCGCCGCCACCGCCGGGAGCUCCAAGCGCAGCCCAUUAUGCUCCGCCGCCGCCGCCGUCUGAAGACCAUUUCGAGAAGGCCAAGAAGACGGAAGCAUCCACGUGGAAGACCCGCGCGCCAGUGCCCAGCAAGCCCCUCAGCAAGAAGAGCUCGGAGCCGCCGUCGCCCCCCGUGAAGGAGGAGAAGUCCUCCGGCUCCUCCUGGCUGUCGUCCCUCUUCGAAAAGAAGCCGGCCCCGCCCAAGAAGCCAUCGCCGGUGGCCAGCGCGAGCAAGGACUCGAUGUCGAGCCACAAGAACAAGAAGGAGGCGAAACCAUCGUCGAGGUCGUCGACGUCGAAAGGGAAGAAGGACCGCGGCUCGAUGGAACUGCCGCAGUCGAGCGUCGCGACGACAUCGUCGGUCGGGCCGUCGUCGAUGAUGAAGAGCGCCGCGGCGCGCGAGAGCGAGCUGGCGGGGCUGCGGCUCAACAUCGGCGGGAUGAAGAAGAAGGCCGCGAGCCGACUCAACCCCGAGCAGCUGCGUCAGCAGCAGCAGAUGGAGGUCGAGGGCGUCUCGCUCGACAUCGGCGACGACGACAACGACGACGACGAUGACGUGGACGAAGUCGCCGCCCAAGCGACGACGACCGCGCCGUCGGAGAGUGAGCCGCAGGAGAAGCAGGCCUACGGCGGCGAUAUGCUGAUCGAGGACUGGGAGGAGAAGAAGAAGACAACGACGACGAUGAAGAAGUCGGCGCCGAAGGAGCAGAUGUCGUCGAAGGGCAAGGAGAAGAUGAUGUACGAGGUGGAUGAAGAAGGGGAGGAGGAUGACGAUGAAGAGGACGAGGAUCUGCUCAACUGGGACCUCGAUGAUGAAGACGACGACGAUGACGAGGGCGACAAGAAGGGAGGUGACGCGGCCGCCGCCGACAAGGGCGAUUCGGCGGAGGAUGCCGACCUGCUGGCCCUCAUCGGCGAGGAGAAGGAGAAGGAGCUCAUCGCCUUCCUCCAGCAGGCCCAGACUGAACUGUAA